AUGGUUCAAGUCGCUGUGGUGAGUCGGAAGGGUUUUUUCGAAACUUUUGUUGAAUUAUCUGCAGUAUUUAAAGGACCGCCCGAGUUUUCGUGUCUGUCUGAAUCGCCUCUUAUUGCCACAUUUACUGUCCAAACCGCAACUCUCAGAAAUGCCUAUGAACGAAACGGCGGCGGCGGCAAUGGCCUAGAAAAUCUGCCAGCGAGAAAACUCGGCCGUUUUGCUGACUUUGUACAAAUUUGUAGUUUUUUUAAACUUUAGAUGCGUGCCGUCGGAGAAAUACCGAUUCACCUUAUUCAUUCUAUUUAUAAAUGCGUUCAUCAUGAUCAAAACUAGCAAAGAGAAACAAAAAACUCUUUAAAACUCAAAAAUUUCUAAGGCUCAGCACGAAAACAGCUUUUUUUUCGAAAUAUGGCUCCUCGUGCGCGCUUUUUAUGUCUCUUUGUUAGUUCACAUCCUAAUUAACUAAUUUCCAAAAAAAAUUAGGAAAAAUGAAUGAGUAUUCUCCGAACAGCACGAAUCAAACGUUUUGGCGCGCGGAAAAAGGCUUGGGGAGCGUGCAGCCGGCCGGCGAAAUAAGCAGCCGACAGUUCACGGGACGAAGGCCGAUCUUUCUUCCUCUCUCCACUGCGCUCCCAGAAAAAAAAGAGAAAUUGAAAAAAAGGCGAAAAAAACAAAACGGCCGAGUUUUCUCGCUUGCCGAUUUUCUAGGCCAUUGCCGCUAGGAGCUUUUUUAAAUCAGAAAUCAUCGAAUCAGACGAUUGUUCACUUUUUAUCAAUAAAAUCGCAUUAAAAUUGACUAUUAGUGUCUUUUAUAAGUUUGAAAAUCACGUGGGUGUCUGUCUGGACACUACUUCGUCAUGUGAUGCAAAAAUUGAUAAUCAUGGAAUUGUCUUCAAAACCUGGUACAGUAAUCCCUGUCUUCUUCUUCUUCUUCUUCUUCCUCUUGCCGAAUCAUUGACGACAAGGAAGUAAAUCAAGAAAAGAUGUUUUGAAGCGAAACCAGAAGAGACCAAUAUCAAAAGAGGAAAAGAUCGGGAGUACUGUACUUUCGGAACUUUUUCUGGGAUUUGGUACCACGUAUUUUUGCAACCCGACAUUCGGAAACCGUCAAAAAAGGACUCGCAACCAGUUAUUUUGCGAUUGUCGCGGUUAUAGGAACGCUCGAACCUUAAAACAUAUCUGAAAGUUUCAGGCAGGCCCAGGAGUGGGCAGCGGUCAAACUCGGCCAAUUUCCGAUCCGAAAACGGGAUGGUUCGUCUACAUGCUCGCUUUUUCGGCUGUAAUCGGUCAGUUUGGGGGGAGGGAAGGCUGGAAAUCUAUUCAAAACCAGUCACAUGUCCACAUCCUUUUUUCGGCCGUAUCAUAUCACUGUAAACAACCGAAUUUUUUGAACAUUCACUAAAUUUCUACCAAUUCGCCCAAAAAACCUAUCCCUUUUUUUCUGUGUGUUUCUCUCCGAUCAGUCCGCGCCCGUUUCCGCCCAUUUUUCAUUGUUUGACACUGUUCACAGUGAUCACGUUUUUCGAAAAAUGCCGUCUGCAAUUUUUGAAAUGCCCAAAGACAAUCCUGAAAUCGGAUCCUAUGUCUAUAUUCUGCAAAUGUGCGCUAUUAUCGGUAGGUUCCGAGUGAAGCGGAAUUCCGUCUUCCGUCUUCCGUCUUCCGCAUUUCCGCUGCUUUUCGGAAGAACUACGACGAGGGCACUUUCUAGUCAUUUUUCACCUGAAACACACAAACUAUAACUCGUAAAACCGUUCGGAACGGAUUAGAAAUUAGCAUAGCACACUUGCGAGUUUAUGCAAAUUUACACAGUUUUUCGCACCUAGUCACGUUUUUCGAGUUGCAGGCGGUUUCCUGUUCGGCUACGACACGGGAAUCGUGUCGGCGGCGAUGCUGUACGUGCCGAACGCGUCGGGGAUCCGUCCGUUGGACUCGGUCUGGCAGGAGGUCAUCGUUUCGAUCACGCCCGGAAUCGCGGCGAUCGGAUCGCUGUGCUCGGGGCCCGGAUCCGAUUAUUUGGGCCGAAAGAAGAUCAUCAUCGGGGCGAGUGUGACGUUUACCGUCGGAGCCAUCGUUUGUGCGGCCGCGUGGAACAAGAUUGUCCUCUUGGUCGGACGCGUUCUUCUCGGAGCAGCCAUUGGUGAGUGUGGGGCUACUCUACACGGCGCGGUUUUUGCGACGUUCACCAAACGUUUGAUUCUCAGUCUGUGCAUUUUUGCACGCCGGUGUUGCUCUGCGUACAGUGCAUUUUAUGUUACGCGCAAAGUUCUUUUUUUUUAGUUGUUGAUGAAUUUUCGCCAAAUAUUCAUCUCUUUUAAGCGUUUUUCUCCACUUUCUACCUCAAUUAGAUCUUUUUACAGAUUCCAGAUGAUGAAGUAAUACGCGAAAAGAAGUCGAUGCGAUAAAAAGAAAUGCGUAAAUAAGUGAGAGUAAGGUUUUAUUCAGAAAAUGCACGAUUUCUCGAAAAACGUGACUAGAUUUUCUAAUCCUUUGGUUAAAAAACUUUUCUUACAUUUCUGAGAAUGUUUUCGAACCAAAAAAAAGUAGAGUGACGGCUCGCUUUCGCGGAAAAACCGAUAGUUUGCCGGAAGACAGUGAAAUUUCAUUGAAAAAAUUUUUUUUUUGCUUCUACGAACUGUCACUCUACUUUUUUUUAUUCGAAGACAUUCACAGUCAUGUGAGUGAACUUUUUAAAUCAAAAGAUUAGAAGAUCUAGAGACGUUUUUCGAGAAAUCGUAUAUUUUCUGAAUAAAACAUUACUUCCAUUUACUUACGCGUUUCUUUUCAUCGCAUCGACUUCUCUUCGCGUAUUACUUCAUCUGGAAUCUGUGAAAAGGUCUAAUUGAGGUAGAAAGCAGAGAAAAACGAUUCAAAGAGAUCAAUAUUUGGAGAAAAUUCAUCAACAACUUAAAAAAAAAUAACUUUGCGCGUAACAUAAAAUGCACUGUACGCAGAGCCACACCGACGCGCAAAAAUGCAUACCAUUUGGCUGCGUAUGUUGCGAAAGCCGCGCCGUGUUUACUUUCACCUGGAUCUCAAACCACAUAUUCUCUCAGGAUUCGCCUCAAUGAUCGUUCCGAUCUACGUGAGCGAAGCGUCUCCGUCGCACAUCCGCGGAAAACUGGUCACCGGAUUCCAGUUGAUGAUCACUGUGGGCCUCGUGAUUGCCAACAUCAUCGGCGGAGCCUUCAGUUAUGUCGAUCCGGAUCAGGUCGGAUGGAGGCUAAUGUUCGCAUUCGCCGCCGUCCCCGCCAUCAUCCAAUUCGUUUGCUUCCUCUUCCUCCCCGAGUCGCCGCGUUGGUUGUACGAGCACGGAAGAACUGUGGAGGCACGCGAAGUGCUCACGAAGAUCUACAACGGACACACCGAAUGGGUCGACUACGAGAUGAACGAGAUCAGUUUCUCGUAUGAGGAAGAGUUGAGGGCCAAGCGAGAGCAUGCAGGUGGGAGUUGUUCACUUUUGAAGGCCUAUAGUGUUUUCACAACAAUUUCGUCAUGCCUUAAAGCUUGCGCAAAAGCUGCGAGGACGCUUAAAGUUUGCGCAAAAUCUGCGAAAAUUCUUAAAGUUUACGCAAAAGUGGCGCGUCUUUGCCGAGUACAUCUCGAGAACCAGUGUCUGUCUCAGGAAGUUGUUAACAGAAAAAUUGUAGAGAAUAGUGUACUGAACAACUUUUCGAUUUACAAUUUUACUCUAAAAUGAUUAAUUCUUGAGUUAUGACCCGUGAAACUCACGUCUAAUUCCAGGAAACGGUCCCACAAUCGUGCGCAUUCUCAAAACCCCGCACGUUCGAAAGGCGCUCAUCAUCGGAUCGUGCCUUCAAAUGUUCCAACAACUUUCGGGUAUCAAUACUGUCAUGUAAGAGUGUUGAUUGGUUCACUUGGACACCGUGCUCUUCAGGUACUACACGGGUAACAUCAUCAGAAGUGCGGGUAUCAAGGACAAUCACACCACCAUUUGGAUAUCGGUCGGCACUUCCGGUUAGUUUGACCUAGAAUUUUAGUAGAAAUUUUGCGCAUUUGCAGCCAUCAACUUCAUCGGAACGUUCAUCCCCAUCGCUUUGGUCGAACGUGUCGGUCGUCGGGUUCUUUUGUUGGUUUCCAUGGUCGGAGUCAUUCUUUUCCUCAUCGCCAUGGGCGUCUCCUUCCUUUUAAUCAAUAAUGUAAGUAGUUUCGAUCGCGGUAAAGUCGGAAAUGUCCAGAUUGCUGCCCCUUAACGACGAGUCCAGCAAUCCGCACAUUUCCGACUUUUUUGCUCGUACCACGUGUUCUCGAGUAUCGCACGGUCUCCAGAGCUGACAAUAUGGGCGUGGCCUCGGCGGCCAAAUGGCGUUUUCAUGAAUUGAGCAGGUUUUCUUUGAUUUUUGUGGUCAACGGCGAUGAAAAAUGAUUGGCGGACAUGAAAAAACACUAAUUCUCAGAAUUAAUGACGUUUUGGCGCAUUUUUCGCGGACUUUGCUUUUUCGCCUUCGCCGCCGAUCGCCGCCUUAAAACCGCACUUCUCAUUUUGCGCUUUGUUGACCGUUUUCAGACAGAAUUGGUUUUGAGAAUGAUAAAUCACGUAAAUACACGCAUUUUGAGCGCUCGAACCGCGAAAACUACCGAAAAGCAACUGAAAUUCACGCAGUUUUAGCCAAAAACCUUCAAACGAAUAAAUGUGAUUUGCGACUUGACCAAAUUUAACGCUCUUGCGCUUAAAAAAUUCGUAAUAGCUUAUACAAUCGGUCUGUCGAGAGACAAAUGAGAAAUUAUCGGUUUUUCGUGGCUAAUCUGGCAAAAAACGCAUAUUUUGCUGCUAAAAUUUGAAUUUCGCGCCAAUGUAUCGCUCUAUUGGGUGGGUUUGACCAUUGUCAGCUCUGGCUCUGGCAUUGCGUUAUUAAUCUAAUCGUAGUGUACUCGAGUUCUACGGCGGCCUAAUAAGAUUGAUAUGACACCUAAUUAGAUUAAUAAAUUGUCUAGCUAGAUUAAUAAAUCUUCUAAUUAGAUUGAUAUGUGCUCAAAUCAAGUUUCACGCCAACCGUCUGCUGGCUCAAAUCACGAUUGCGCCAAGAAAAAACAGUCCAAUCUAAUUAGGUCGCGUUUAGAUCAGUAACUUUCUAAUUAGAUUAAUAUCGAAUUGCCAGAGUACUCUGGCAUUUCGUUAUUAAUCUAUUCGUAGUCUACUCGAGUUAUACGGCGGCCUAAUAAGAUUGAUAUGACACCUAACUAGAUUAAUAAAUUGUCUAGUUAGAUUAAUAAAUCUUCUAAUUAGAUUGAUAUGUGCUCAAAUCAAGUUUCACGCCAACCGUCUGCUGGCUCAAAUCUCGAUUGCGCCAAGAAAAAACAGUCGAAUCUAAUUAGGUCGCGUUUAGAUCAGUAACUUUCUAAUUAGAUUAAUAUCGAAUUGCCAGAGGGAGACCGUGAGUAUCCAAUUGAGACAAUCAAUAAAUUGUUUUCAGGAUUCAUCUCUAACUUAUUCUCAAAGCGACUACACGGUCAACUUCAAUUCAAGCGUUAAAGAUGCGAUCAAAUGCAUGAAAUACAGUAACUGCGAUUUUUGUGUCACCGACGAAUAUUGCGGAUUCUGCGAGAAUAAGGCCGCCAAGACUGGUAAGAGGUUUUGAAUUUUGGAAAUUCGAAAAACAAACUGAUUAAGGCUACUGUCUACCGUUUCCAAAAGACGAUUCGAGUGAUUUUUCGGCGACAGGCAUCUGCCAAUUUUCGAAUCUGACCGGAAACGGCAAAACGUACGAGUGGGAGGACACGUAUUGCCACACAAAGUUCACCGUUUUGCCCAUCAUCAUUAUGGUCUUCUAUCUGCUGUCGUUCUCUGCUGGUAGGCGCCUUUUCCAAACUUUAUUGGCUGAAACUUUAACAUUUGCAGGUUACGCGCCUCUUCCCUGGGUGCUCAACGCCGAAUUCUAUCCGUUGUGGGCGAGAAGUACGUGCGCUUCGAUUUCGACGGCCGCCAACUGGAUCUUCAAUCUCAUCGUCUCGCUAACGUUCCUCUCUUUGUCACAGGCGGCCACCAAAUACGGUAUGCGCCUCGAAAAACACUAGAGUAAUAGAAAAUCGAUAAAAUUUCAGGCACAUUCUUCAUCUAUUGUGGAUGUACGAUAGUCGCGCUCGUGUUCGUCUUCUUUUUUGUGCCCGAAACGAAAGGAUAUUCGAUUGAUGAGGUUCGUGGCCUGAAAAUCUGGAUUUUAGUGUUUCUGUACUGCGAGAUGGCCUGAAAAUUUCACUUCGUGGCCUGGAAAUCCAAAUCAUUUCAUUUUUCAGGUCGAAAUGUUGUUCAUGACAAAAUCGGAGCGAGAAAAGGCGCAGAAAGUGUUGGAAGAGAGCAAACAGGGCAAACAUCGCAAUUCGAUCGGCCUCUCACUGGACACUAAAUUUUAA